CGGGCUCUCUCUGUCCCUCGGGCACAUCCCGGGCUCCUUUCUGUCGCACCCAACCAUUUUGUCCCCAUUCCGGAGGAGGGAACGGUCCCUGCUCAGCUGCUGCCUGUGACCACUAGAGGUCUGGUACAUCCCUCCACGAGCUGCUGCUCGCUUCGUGCUGCCGGGGCUUUAUUUAUUUAUUCCUACGUGAGCAGAGCCGGCACACUUCUUGCAUACAAACAGUGAAAUUACAACCUAAAGGAGCUAUCGUACCUUCUUUUGGAGUAACCUUAGUGCUAGUGAGAGCCUUGCCUACUUUUAAGGCUAAGAAGACUCAUUUUCUGCAGGYAAACCAAAAGCUUUCAGGAAACAUUUUCUGCUAUUSUUCUUCUGCUGGCUAUUCAGCCUGGACCGCUCUCCUAUUUACAGAACUGAACCAACCACUUGGAUAUGAUCUGCCUUGUGUUUGCAACAACUUCAGUAACAACCACACAUCAGUAAUUCUCUCAUUGAAACCCUCUGGAUGCUCUAUUUUUCCCUGGUCAGAAGUGGUUACAUUUUGCUUACCUAUUUGGGAAGAUUAUUUUCAAUUGGAACAUUAAAAAGAUGGCUGAGGAAGAAAAACUAUCUUUAAGGAAAGCAAUUCAGUUUGGUAUUAAUGGAUAUAUUCUGUCAGUAAAACUAUGCAUCAGAAAUGAAAAUGCCCCCCAAAGGUAUUAUGCUUGUUGUUUAGACAACAUGCAAAUAAAACAUAUGUGAUUGGUCCAUCAGAACAAAAAGCUGAAUUCCUAAUGGAGAGCUGCUGUCAAAUAAGAAGCACCAGGAAAGCCAUAGACUCAWCCUUACCUUUAAAUUAGUUCAAUGUAACAUCCUGCUGCAAUUUUGUAUUACAAAGACCAUGUUAGCAGCAGACAAAAGAAUUUCUGCAUUCCCAAGCUACAAGAAAUCUUUCCUUAAAUUUUGUAUUUAAUUUAUCUUAGUUUUUGGUCWAAUCAGCAAUUAAAUUUGAAAGAAGAUCCCUAAACAGAACACACCAGUUGAAAAUAAACAUAAUAAGGAGAAGAAUGAUAAGCUCCAAGAGUGAGGCRUUAAUUUGUAUCUUAGGAACAAUAUUAAAAUACAGGUCAAAUGACAAAUGAAAUGGGUCGCAAAGAAACACGUUACUUACAGACUUUAAAUUGUGAUUCAAUGGCCCAGCAAAACAUGAAAAUGCGGCCAGUGCUCCUGAAAAGGAACAGCCUGGACUCGGCGGAUUUUAUGAGACACCCCCAGCACCGCAGGACCAAAUCCCAGCAAGUUCGGUUCAAGGAUGAUGGKGUCAGCACCAAGACAGAGCUGGAUGCUAAUCCUGCCCGAGACACGGCACUCACAACUGGAAAAACAGAAAUAUUUAGGGAUCACAAUUUUUUGCUAACUCRAUCUCCAACUUUUCCAAGGGCUCAGAAGGGGCUUCGGAAUAUUGCCAUACAAACUUCUCCCAGCCUCAGGAAACACUUCCCGGUUUUUAAAAGGAAGAAGCUGACAGUAAGCAAAUCACUGACAGAAAUGCCAGCAGAGCCUGCAAACUCUAUCCAGGUAAAUGGCAACCUUUGUGAACCAGACAUUCUGUCUUCAGAACUCUGUUAUUUAAGAAUAAAUAAUCACUUGGAGGAUGGAUGCAGGAACAGUGAGACAGGCUUGGGUCAAAGACCAUCCAAAGCACAAAGCAAUGGACCGAGGUACUCGGAUGAUUUCUCAGUGUCAGACAAGACAACCGCGUCUACACAGGUGCCUGAAUACAUUCAUGUGAGUUUUCCACRAGACAGAAACGUUUCCCUGGAUGCACCAGACACAACCACAGUGUCACGUAAUUCACUGCAUUCUUCUACUGCCAUCAACAGCAACGAAAGUCAUGAAAACAGCACGCUGUCAUCUGAUUCUGAAAGGGCAGAGCCUUGCCUAGGCAAUUCUACGAACUGCAGUGAAUGCAAUCCCCACUCGGCUGCUCGUGAAGAGGAGAAGGGGGAUUCUGAGCCGCCUGUAGCCAGCAGAGAUGCCAGCAGUAAGGAAACAACUCCAUUGUCACCUCCAUCAAAUCACAGCUCAUCUCCUUGUUUCCUCAGAGACUGUCAGCAGGCAGGAGAGCACAAGCCAGAUUCCAGCUGUGUGACGCUACCGAGUGACGAGCACCCAGCAGUGUCACCAACCAGCAGCAAUGCAUCAAAACCAUGUCUGUCGUGUAACACUGAAAUGGAGAAGAAUUCCACCCAGUCAGAUGUUUCCCAGUGUAACAGCUGUUUAGAGGGAUUUCACAUAAAGUCUGAUCCACCAAGGAAUGAAACAAACCCGCAAAGCAACAAAGAGAUUAGCGAAAUAAAUCAAAUUCACUUGGCACAUGGCGAACUCUGUGCCCUACAAGGCAGGCUGCAGUCUGUAGAGGAAUCCUUGCAGUCGAACCAGGAGAAGAUUAAAGUCCUUUUGAAUGUAAUCCAAGACCUGGAAAAAUCCAGAGCCCUCAGUGAAGGGCGUAACUUCUACCACACUGGGCAGGAUCUGAACAACUGCAGCACCUGUCAGAACACGGCGUGCAUCAUUUACAGUGUAGAAUAUGACUUCAGACAACAAGAAGGAAGAUUUCAUCAGAUUUUGAAAACACUGGACAAUGCAGAGCAAAAUCCAGCUUCAGUUUCACCUCAGAAGCCACCACCUGAUCCUCCAGCUCCCGAGAAAAAGGAGUUAAGGAGAAAAACAAAAAAGGUGAAAAGAAAAUGCUUCUGGUGGAUUUGACUUCCUUAUUCAUCCUUUUACACUUCAAAAGACAAUAAAACAGAAAGAGCUUGAGAGCACACACCUGAAAAUGUGCUAUUAUCAAAUCACAAAGGUUAAGAAUGUUUAAUUAGAGUAUCUGAAAAAUCAAAAUAAUUGAAUUUAGUUAAAUCAUCUCACUGAAUAAAGGUGCAUGAAAAUGCUAUUUUCAAGAAAAGAAAUUGUUUCUUUCAAAAGGAAGUUCUCAUUUUUUUCCAAGGACACUUUCAUAUGCUUUGUAAAGACCUUUUUUUCAACUUUCCAAAAAUAACAAAGUUUAAAUCUCUACUUUAAAAAACAAUGGUAGGCAAAGCUAAGCAUGCCACACAGCCUUCAUUUCCCAUUUUAACCAACACAGACUAAAGGAAAAAACAUUGAGCUUUGAACAAACCACACCAUCAAGAACAAAUUCAGGGAAACCGAAGUUGCUCAAAGAAAUCUCUCCUCAAAGGAGACAAUUGUAAUUAUUUCACAUCCCCACUGAAGUAUUUUUGUUGCUGUCAUCUAAUAUUGAACAACAACAAAAAAAAAAAAGAAUUUCACGUUAAGUUUUACUCUAUCCUUUCAUUUAUUCAUGAUCAAAAGGCACCAUUUAGAAGUUUCAGCCAUUUAAUGGACUUCUCUGAAAAGCAUUAGAGAGUUGUAAAACAAGAGAAGGUCACAGUAACACUUGUCUUAAACCCCUACUCAAGCAAGGUCCCAUUCAGAGAAUUUGAGUUGUGAGAAUCUCCAAAGACAAGAAUCCACAUCUCCUSGGCUGUUCCAGGGUUUUUUCCCUAACAUCUGAUCUCCAUUUCCUGCAUUCUCAUUUGUGUCCUUUACACCCUGCUCUGUCCAAGGACACCUUCAAGAAGCACCACAUGGACAAUAAACCUCUCUCCUAAGGCUUCACUUCUCAAGGACUGAACAGAUCCAUUUGUCACUGCCUCUCCUCCCAUCUCACAUGCUGCAGCCAUCCUGCUGCUCUCCCUCCAGCAAGCUGAUGUCUUUCACAUACCUGGAAGCCUCAAACUGGACACAGUCCCUCAGAUGUCAUCACACAAUUGAUGGAUAAAGAGGAAUAACUAUUUUGGCCAUUGUCUUACUGGAUCACUUGCCCAAUCUGUCCAUUUAAGACCUUUACUGCUGUACCAAAAUAUCCCAAGAUUUCUUUUUUUUUUUUGCCUUAAUAUGUAAAUUACUAUAUGAUAAAAAAUGGAAUAUGGAAAGAAUAUUUAGUGAACUGAUAUGUAUUACACAAAAAAAGUUAUAUAUGCUGAAAAGAUUUUAUCAGAUGYCAAUGCAGCUACUUCUUUCCUCCCAAAAUACUCAAGUUAACAUUAGCACAGGGUGUGCCAAUGGAACCCAGUUUAUGAUUGGUGAUACUAUUAUUUUUUUCAUUAAAACAUGGUCACCUUUCAUAGUGGGGGCAGGGGGGAARAGGUUUUCCAAACAGGUUUAGUGGAAUGUACUGCAGACCUUUUCUUAGAAGUGGCUCUGAUUCAGGGUAUUCCAUAGAUUAACCCCUGCAUCUUAUUUUUCUAAGUCAUCCUGUAUUAAUUGUGCGAUGUUAGUUUUAAAUGUCUGUACACUUUUUGUACACUUCUGUGUUCCUUGAAUUCCUAGGGUUAAUUACACAUUUGAAAAUACAUUAAAAACAAUUUUGCACAGAAGAAUUUUGUCUGGAAGAACUAAUUUUUUCUAAAACAAAUCUUUUAGAAGUAAGUAAGCAAUACGUCAUGGCUUAAUUAAACAAAAUUCUAAAGGACUGACACUUUAAAAACAUUUCCAUAUUAAGUUCAGUUAAUAUAGAAAUGACACAAAACUGUUGCUAUUUUAGGGACUCUUCAGAAGAAAAUUAMUUUUUACUAAUUUGUCUUUAGAUGACUUCAGUGAGACAGAAAAGCUCUUCAAUAAUAGGYUGUGGUUAUAAAAAAGGUAAGAAUUGAAUUAUUACUGCAUCAGAACACAUCAGUGUAUUGCACUAAGUACCUGCACUGCUCAUGCUGCUGUGCCAACAACAUUCCUGUUGAGCAUUAGUCUCUAUAAYUGAUACAAUGAAGGAUUUAUUGGUGUGGAAGUUAUUCUUGUGUAUUAAAAUAACAUUUUAAGACCAAUAUCCCCUGUGGUAAAGUAUAACAAUAAGCAAUACCAACAGCUGUAACACUAGUAAAACCAGCAAAGUUUUUUUUUUUUUUUUUUUUUUUUUUUUUUUUUUUUUUUUUUUUUUUUUUUUUUUUUUUUUUUUUUUUUUUUUUUUUUUUUUUUUUUUUUUUUCUUUUUUCCUUUCUU